AUGUAUAUUACAGCAAAAUACAACAAACGCUCACAAUGGGAUAUAGAAAACAUGGUUGAUUUAAUAGCUGAAAAUCAUCGGCUAGUCGGAACUGGUUUUGGGCAUCACAAUGUUACAUCAUUAUCUGCAAUUGACGUCUCAACUCAGGCUGACAUUCAUCAAACAUUAGCCGCAAGUUACGAAUCAGAAGAUGAGACGAUGGGUCGACGGAACAAAAUAUCAGCGGGCAGUAGUAGCUGUACGGAUAUCACUCGUAAUAAACGUGGUACACCAUUAUAUUCAAAAGAAGACAUUCGAGAACAAUAUUGUAUCACCGAUAGACAACUAGAUGUGUUGGAGAAAGCGCGGUCACAUGGUGGAUUUUUUGGUUGUUUAUCAAACUACCAAGAUAGUCCAUGUACGAGUAGUAGUACACGUGCAUCGUUACUAUCAGUAUGUGUCAGACGAAAAGUACCGAGUGACGAGAAUAUUCAUGAAUUAUGUAGACGGCAACCAUCAGACUUUGCACCAUAUCCACGAUAUCCUAGAUACCCUUUUACCGCACCAACAUCCGCUGAACUGUAUGCAUACGAUGAGGCGUUAGAUUGUUCAUAUUUUCGACGUCGACCUCGUUCAACAACAUGUAUGAUAUCAGAUCCAAAACGAUACACAUGGAUGCCUGAAGAUGAAGAAUCAAUACGAAUGGAACGACCAAGACCAAUACGACCAACUGGUGAUCUUGAUGGUGAUCCAAAUUAUAUUUAUGAUCAACAACAUCGCAGCUAUGCAACAUCAUCAUUAUCAAGGCCUACGUCACGACAAAGCACAAUUAGUGGGGGCAGUUCAAUGCCCAUAAGUAGUUAUUUAAGUUACAGUUCUGAAUAUUUACCAACCGGUGUUCAACAAUCCCAUCAUCAUUAUGUAUGCCCGGCGCACCCUCCUGAUUUACCCCCACCACCACCUCCACCAACAAUUUUACAUCAUGAUGGUACCAUGCAUCCACACAGACAAAAACAUGUAAGUUUCGCUCGAUCGCAUACCUUAACAUCGUUUGAAGAUGUUACAAAGUUGACAGCAAUAACUGCACGAAGUCAAGAACGUUUAUUGGAUGGGAAAAAAACCGCUGACCCUUUACCAUUAAAUCGCCCGACUGAUAUCGAUGUUCAUCAUCAAGAAAUUGCACCGAAAGUAGUUGUCUUAGAGAAAGUUAAACGUGGACCAAUGAAAACACAAGCUACACAGACUGAGGUGUGUUUAGGACGAAAGCCAAACAAUUUAACACUUAGCCCACGUACAAUACAACGCGUUAAAAUGGUAUCACAAGGUGCACAAACCAAUGGUGGCUUAUUUAAUGGUCGAAAAUUAACAAAAUCUUAUUCGGAGGCGGGUAGUAAAUUUGGUAUACCAGUGCCUACAUCACCUUUUGAACAUUUUUUUGGAGACCCAAACGUAUUUAUGCAACAAAAUGUACCGGAGCAUGAACCAUUGCAACGAACUCAAUCGGAAGAACCGCCAAAAUCACCGUAUAUGCUAACAGAUUCGCCACCAUCGAAAGUUCCACAGCCAAUAACUACUCAACCACAGCCAACCCUUCCGGAACGUUUAAAAUCCCCACCGCAAGACAGACGCUUAGUAAAGCAGGAAGAAAGUAAGCCUGAACCACAGCAAAUUUUACCUCCACCAACUCCACCAGCAGCCGUUGUUCCUGUGAAAGAGGACGAAGACGAAUCUGAUUCAACACAAAAAGAGAUAAUUAUUGACUUUGAGCCUCAAAUAUCACCAGAACCCAUUGCAGAACCAAGAACAUCCAAAAAACGUGUUCUCAUAAAAACUAUGUCUGAGGGUGAAAUUCUACAAGAAAGGCGUAAAUCUCAAAUUACAGACGAGGAAUUAAUUGUGGAUCAAUUAAUAACGUCAUCUAGUCAAGAGAAUAUAAAGUCUGAACCAGAACGAUCGUUUACACCAUACUUUUUAAAUUCACCAAUAUUACACGAGGAUAUCUUUAAGGAACCACCGAGUGGGCCACCAUCGGGGCUAUUUAGUCCUGUUUCUGGUCAACCAGCAUCUACUGGUUUUCGUAUGCAAGAAUCUGUAGAUGAAGAAUUUCAUGAAAAUUUAAUUUUAUGGGAGCGACAACAAAGUGGCGAUGACGGAACUUCUUUAACAAGUGAUGGUGAUAAUUUAGACAUUUCACAACAGCAUCAAAGAUCAUCAUCAAGUCCGAAAUCAGGCCCAUCAUCACCAAGUAUGGAUUUAGAUGCUGAAAAAGACGUCGAAGAAUCCGUUGUGCCAACAUUUGAAGAAAAAGUAAAAUCACCUUUUGCCUCAUCCGAUUCAUUAAAUAACGACAUUCGGGACCAUUCAGACGGUAUUUGGAAUGAAUCACAAGUAACCGUUUUACAAGCGGAUUCAGGAACAGAUAAUGGAACAGUAUUAAGUACAUCUGAUUUAAGUUCAUUGACUGCAACAUCACCUGGUUCAGGUACUUUGUUGACACCUUCAUCUAGACGAAAACAUUUAUUACUCCUUCAACACCAACAACGAAGCUCAAUGGACACGGAUGCCUUGGAAGAAGAAUUUCAAUUUGACCAUAUGCAGACUCAACUAGCAGCCUCACCAAAAGUUAAGAAAGAUAUCACCUUGACUAGCCAACCUAUGACGUCAGCACCAACAACAGCGGCAAUGGUCACAAUAACCCCACCAACAAUUGCCGUUACACCAAUUCCUAGUCGACGUCCACCUAAACUACAAGAGGUUCCACAAUUGCAAACUCAUCCAACGAGUGCGCCAAUACCAAGUGUUCGGCGAUCGCCGGCCAAAGGUGAAUUGCGUAAACAGCGUCGUAGUCCAAUAACACGUACUCCGGACUUAACGCCAUCAGAAACACCACACAGGUCAUUAGAAUCACCAGAUAAUGCAAAAGCUAUCCAAGCAGCUGCUGAAAUGCUAUUAGGUAAAACGGAUUCAGGUAAAACAACCGAUAUAUCGGAAAGUACAACAACCACAACUGAUGAUUAUGUAACAGCGAAUUCCGAUAGCUCACGGCGUAGUGGAUCAUUACAUGGAACAAGUACACAAAGUACAUACGGAAGUCAAACAGGUACACAAGAUGGUAGUUCCUUUGAAAGUGCCUCAUCAAUUUAUAGUUUGGCACGGGGUGAAGCUAUUUGUGAAGAUUUAAUAAUACCCCCAUCAUUUUCUCCACCUCCUAUUUUAGAAGAAUCGCUUAGUGAAAUACCAUUAACACCUGAACUACAGGCAACUCAACCAGAAUUUAUUCCAAAACCGUUGGAAGUAAUUGCGGUAGAACCAACAACUACAGAACAAAGACGUGCAUCCAGUAAAGAGCCUACAUCGCCGUCAGGUGACAGUAGCAGUAGUUGUGGUAGCUAUAGCAUACAAGGAAGCCAUGCUGAUAUUCUUACUGCAACCGCAAAAGAGUUACAGAACCAACAAGAACAACAUCGCUCAAAAACUGAUCAUCAUCAAAGACCAACAGUGCCUUUACCUACAAAACAACAACAGACGCGGGAAAAGGGAGAAUCAAUAUCAGAUGAUGAUAAUCGAAGUGUACAUUACUCAUCAUCAGGUAAUUACGAAUCACCUGGCGAUGAGGAUGAUCACGAAGAUUUUAUUGAAGAUAAUAAACGUCGUAGUAAGUUAAUACGCCGACCUGGCGAACGUAAAGAAUGGUCAGAAGAAGAAAAACGCCGUCGAAAAAAGGGAUUUACUUUGGAAUUUUCAGAAAAAUCUGAUGAUGUAAAGAAACGAAGCCCCGGUGCCAACGGUGGUAGGGAUGUUCCCAGUGAAAUGGAAAAAAUGAAACGUACUAAAUCACGGAGCCCACAAAGAAUUUCUUCAGCUCGAAAAGGAGUAAAGAAAUCUGACAAGGAAUCUACGGCAACAACACCAGGUGGUACUGGAAUGGUACGCAGCCCAGCCAUGCAUGAUGGUUUUCGACCAGAAGACUGGAGUGCAGUAGUACGUACACCACCUCAUGAAGAAGUUCCUACAGUGGCAGCACUGACUUCCGAUGAAUCCAGUGGCGGUGGUGGUCAUACUAGUGCCGCAUACACUCUCCUAGAUACUAAUGGUCAGUCACCUCGUCGACAUCGGCGUAUACGUGGGCAUGAAGCAUCAUCACGUCGUAAAUCUAGUUCAAUUGCUUCAAAGUCGCCAAUUUCAUCUGGAUCACAGCCAUCAACGUCAUCUACGUCACAUCGACAACGCCGUCGCAGUGGUAGUGUGGAAAGUAGUAAUAAAACAGUUAUAACAGGUGGCAGCACGUUACCUCGUAGACGAUCAUCAAUGCAACCCAAAGUGCAUGCUGAAUUAGAGAAUUUAGAUUUAGAUGUUCGCGCUAGUGCUGGCUUAAAUCGUUUAAGUCCACAUCGUUAUGCUAAAUCACCAGGUGGUUCCCCUCGAAAAAUUCGUAAAGUAAUGGAUAACAGUGAAAUUGUGAAACUAAAAGCAGUGAGUGCAGAAUCAUUACGUUCUGUUAGUCCCGGUAGUGAUAGUGUAUUUUAUAGUGAAGGAAGUGGGGGUACCACUACAAUCACCGAGCCUCAUCAUCAGUGUGUACAUUGUUUACAUUGUGGUAAAGAAGUGGAUAUUGUGACAACCGAUGAUUUAGAUGAUGGUCAACGAAUGGAAGUAUCACCAGAUGGUAAGGAUUUGCCACCAGCUGAUAUUGUUCGUCCGCCAGCUGAUUUUGCAGAUUCACCAGACGGACCCCGUACAAAGCACAGUACGGGACGUUUAUAUAAAAAACUAGACAAACGGUAUCGUUCAGAAGAACGCUCGUAUCAUCAUGGUGAUCGUCGUCAUCACCAUAGAUAUCGACAAGAUGUUCGAGCGAAAUCCGAAGAAAGAGGUAAAGAGGAGAGUGCACGUGUUAAACUCCGUCCGUUAGCCAGAUCAACUGAUACAAGUUUGGAAGCAUUAAAAGCUACAGCUUCAUCACCAAGCAUAAUUGAUGACGAGGAUGAUUUAGGAAUAUAUUGUGAACCAUACAAGAGUGGAAUUUGGAUAUUUAUUGGGGACAAUGAAGAAAAGUUAGUAUGGUAUAAGCAAUAUUAUCAACGAUCGCAAGAUGAAGAAUGCUUUGGAGAUCGUGUUGAUAUUGACAUCGGUGAAAUUCAAUCACCAGAUUCUACACGUAGUGAUAGUCGUCGAGAUUCAAUACAGUCAAUGGAUAGUACAAAUUCGGAGCAUGAAUUUCGUAAACGUUAUCAGUGCGUUACACAUAGAAUGGUACAUCGCAAAUCGUGUCUUGAAAUGUAUAAACGACAAGCAUCGAAAUGUUUUGAAAGUGAUAAAACUGUAACUGUAACACGUUCAGCUGGUGAAUUUGGUUUUCGUAUACAUGGCUCAAAACCAGUUGUUGUAUCAGCAAUUGAACCGGAUACGCCUGCUGAAACAAGUGGUUUAGAAGUUGGUGAUAUUGUAAUUUGUGUGAAUGGUAUAAAUGUCUUGGAUAAAUCACAUUCAGAAGUAGUAAAAAUAGCUCAUUCUGGUAGUGAUACAUUAGAAUUACAAGUAACACGCACAUGUGAUGUAUUAGCACCGCCAGAAAGUGGUAUUCCUGUAAAAGAGGAUGCAUUAUAUUCUGGUUAUUUGUGGAAAUUAACGAAGCAUAAUCAAAAAUGGGUACGUCGAUGGUUUGUGUUGAAACGGGAUAAUUGUUUAUAUUAUUAUAAAUUGGAUGGAGAUACCCAACCAAUUGGUGCCAUAAUGUUAGUAAAUUAUCAAAUAACACGUACACCAGAUUGUGGUAAACCUCAUGGUUUUAGUAUUGAAAAAUCUGGUGCAUCUGGUUUACAAUUAGCUGGUGAUAAUGAUGAAGCAACGACACGUUGGAUGGCGGUAAUAUCACAUGCAAUUGAACGUUCAACAGCCACAGAUACAUGGCUAGAAGCGACUAGACGAAAUUUACGUUUAACACCACAAUCCAUACAUAAACCCGAUUGUUUUGGUUACUUAAAUAAAUUAGGAACAAAAUGGAAAUCAUGGGUGAAACGUUAUUGUGUAUUAAAAGAUGCUUGUUUGUACUUCUAUCAGGAUGCUAAUGCUAAAAAUGCUUAUGGUAUGGCAUGUUUACAUGGUUAUCGAGUUCAACAAGCAGCACCUGGAGGUAAAAAGCACGCUUUUGAAGUGAUACCACCGGAUUCAAGUCAAAAACAUUUAUAUUUUCAUACAGAAUCAGAUUUAGAUCGUAAAAGAUGGCUAGCAGCACUUGAAUAUUCAAUCGAUAGAUGGCUUCGUGUAGGAUGACGCGAUAGUACAGAUUCAAACCGGACAACAGAAUAAAAACUAUACAUACGUUUAUUUAACCAAAAAAAAUCUAUCAUGACUCGGAGCGCUUAGAAAUUUCGAUCGAAAAAUACGUGC